AUGUAUCGCUCACAAUGUCAACGGGCUCUGCGGUCGCAGAGACUUGCAUCCUUAAGAAUCACAUGCCGGACUUCCCCUUCUCCUCAAGCGCGUGCCUUCUCCACCUCGGAGCGGCGCGACAUCAUGAGUAUGACCGGCUUUACAGAGGAACAGCUCACAGUCCGUGAAGCCAUUUCAAACAUUUGCGCUAAAUUCCCAAACACAUACUGGCAGGAGCAUGACCAGCAAGAAAAAGAUCCCAAGGACUUCCAUGCUGCUUUGGCGAAGGAUGGCUGGCUCGGCAUCGCUUUACCCGAACACCUCGGCGGUGCAGGUCUCGGUAUCUCCGAGGCUACAAUGAUGAUGCAGACUAUCACACAAUCUGGCGCUGGUAUUGCUGGCGCCCAGGCUAUCCACGCAAAUGUGUAUGCCACACAGCCAUUGGCCAAGUUCGGCACCAAGGAGCAGCUGGAAACUACCAUCCCAAAUAUCAUUAAUGGAACAUGGCGGACAUGCUUCGGUGUGACCGAGCCAAACACCGGCCUUGAGACCCUCAAGUUGAAAACUCUCGCCAAAAAGACCGAGAAUGGCUACUCUGUCACCGGCCAAAAGAUUUGGAUUACUUGUGCGCAGGUCGCAUCGAAGAUGAUACUUUUGGCCCGGACUACGCCCCUCGAAGAAGUCAAAAAGACAACUGAAGGUCUCUCCAUGUUUUGCAUCGACAUCGACAAGGAGAACUCCGGUCUAGAUCUGCGCAAAAUUAAGAAGAUGGGUGGCUGUGCCGUGGAUGCCAACGAGGUUUUCUUCGACGACUAUAAGGUUCCUGCCAACACCCUGAUUGGCGGCGAAAAUGAUGGAUUCAAAAUCAUUCUUCACGGCAUGAACGCCGAGCGCUGUCUUCUCGCAGGUGAGGCUCUCGGAUUAGGCUAUGCUGCCCUGGAGAAGGCUUCGCAAUAUGCGAAGGAUCGCGUGGUAUUUGGAAGACCGAUCGGCCAGAACCAAGGUGUCGCCCAUCCUUUAGCGGACGCAUACAUGAAGUUGGAGGCUGCAAAACUAGCUACCUACCACGCUGCCAGGCUUUAUGAUACCAACGACGGAUCGGUUCCUUUCCAGGAAAUUGGUGUGGCAUGCAAUAGUGCCAAGUACUUGGCUGCUGAAGCCGCUUUCACGGCGUGUGAGCGCGCAGUGUUGGCCCAUGGCGGAAUGGGUUAUGCUGCUGAGUAUGACGUCGAGCGCUAUAUGCGUGAAUGCUUUGUGCCUCGCAUUGCACCGGUCAGUCGCGAGAUGAUUUUGAACUUUGUCAGUGAAAAGGUGCUUGACCUGCCGAGGAGCUAUUGA